AUGAUGAAACUGAAUUUAGUUCUGCUGCUGGCUGCCUACGGUGAGUAACCUACCUACUACCUUCAGCCCCUCACAUAUCCACACUACGGUGAGUAACCUACCUACUACUUUCAGCCCCAUAUAUCCACACUACGGUGAGUAACAUACCUACUAUCUUCAUUCCCACAUAUCCACACUACGGUGAAUAACCUACCUACUACCUUCAGCCCCACAUAUCCACACUACAGUGAGUAACCUACCUACUACCUUCAGCCCCUCACAUAUCCACACUACGGUGAGUAACCUACCUACUACCUUCAGCCCCACAUAUCCACACUACGGUGAGUAACCUACCUACUACCUUCAGCCCCUCACAUAUCCACACUACGGUGAGUAACCUACCUACUACCUUCAGCCCCACAUAUCCACACUACGGUGAGUAACCUACCUACUACCUUCAGCCACUCACAUAUCCACACUACGGUGAGUAACCUACCUAAUACCUUCAGCCCCACAUAUCCACACUACGGUGAGUAACCUACCUACUACAUUCAGCCCCUCAAAUACAUCCAUCCAUACAUCUGAUAGCAUAAGCCCAACAGCUUAAUAGGAAUGAUCGAGCUCCUUAUCAUUCAAACGGCAUAUUGUGACAUUUCUCAUAAACCUGAUCAGCUCAGUUUUGAAGAAUAUUAGUGAUCUGAUUAUAUAGGGACAUGUGUAACUCAGGUCAAAGCUGAUCGCUUUUUAGGAAGCGCCCUCUGAGCUGUGUGUUGUUAACCCUGUGUUGUCUGUGUGGCCCAUACAGCCUACGGAUGUGGCAUGCCCACUUACGAGCCCGUUGUCAGCCGCGUGGUGAAUGGAGAGGACGCCAAGCCCUACAGCUGGCCCUGGCAGGUCACAUCCGUAGGCUGUAUGGGCCACACAGACAACACAGGGUUAACAACACACUAGGAUAGCUCCCAUACCAGUCUAUCCUAGUGGCUGUGAUACAACACUAACCAUCCACAUGCCAGGGCAUACUAUGCUCAGAUCUAACCAUAGCUGAGGAACCUGGGACAUUUACGAACAUAAACAUAUACAUUUACAAAUAUAAACUAUUCAGUUCUAAAACUUUACCCUUCACAGACAAUGUAUUUGGAAGUUUAAUCAAGAAAGAACGACUGAAUGUGUGUGUGUGUGUGUGUGUGUGUGUGUGUUUACAGAUCUCUCUGCAGUACCUUAGCGACUCUAACUACUACCACACCUGCGGAGGCACCCUGAUUGCUAAAAACUGGGUCCUGACUGCUGGACACUGCAUCUCGUGAGUCAACCAUCCAAUCAGAGACUAAACAUUUAUCAUCUCUCUUACAGUGUUACAUUGGGCUGACUGGGAUCUUUGAUGUGUGUGUGUGUGUGUCAGGGAUCAUCGUACCUACCGUGUGGUGCUGGGAGAGUAUGACCUGACCCAGAUGGAUGAGAACGAACAGAUCAAAGAGGUGGAGACGAUCGUCGUGCAUCCCGGCUGGAACGACAACUGUUUGUCCUGCGGGUGAGGGUUACACACACACACACAAACACACAAACACACACACACACACACUCCUGAUUGCAUCUACUACUGUCUCCCUGCUCAGAGAUGACGUUGCCCUGAUCAAGCUGGCCUCCCCUGCGACUCUGAAUGAUAAGGUCCACACCUCCUGUCUGCCUCCCAGUGGAGAUAUCUUGACCCACAACUACCACUGUUACAUCAGCGGCUGGGGCAGAAUCUACAGUAAGGCUCUGUGUGUGUGUGUGUGUGUGUGUGUGUGUGUGUGUGUGUGUGUGUGUGUGUGUGUGUGUGUGUGUGUGUGUGUGUGUGUGUGUGUGUGUGUGUGUGUAGUGGCGGCAGGUAGGCUAGUGUUUAAGAUUAGCUGGUUCCAAUCCCUGAGCCGACUACGUAAAAAAUCUGUCGAUAUGCCUUUGAGCAAGGCAUUUAACCCUACCUAAUUGCUCCUGUAAGUCGCUCUGGAUAACAACGUCUGCUAAAUGACUAAAAUGUAAAUGUGUGUCUGCCUCACUUAAGGCCGUCCUAAUACAUUGACCAUGUUAUUACCGUAUGUUCUCCCCUGUAGCUGCCGGUCCCCUUGCCAAAAAGCUGCAGCAGGCCCUGCUGCCCGUGGUGGCCCAUGAGACCUGCAGCCAGAGUGACUGGUGGGGAGGCUCUGUCAAGCCUUCCAUGAUCUGUGGUGGUGGAGACAGAAAGGCUGGCUGCAAUGUGAGUGUCAUCCCCUACUGUAGCUACCUAUCACAUAAUAUAUUACAACAAUGUAGCAUUGUUUAUUGUCCCCAGUAAAGGAGCUCCACCAUGGUGAUAACCAGUAUUCUUUAUCUUUCUGUCCAUCAUCUCUCCCUCUCUAUCUCUCUCUUCCCCUCUCCCUACCCCUUUAUCUACUCCGCCUCCUCUCUCUCUCUCUCUCUCUCUCUCCCUCUCUCAAUUCAAUUUCAAUUCAAUGUAAGGGCUUUAUUGGCAUGGGAAACGUAUGUUAACAUUGCCAAAGCAAGUGAAGUAGAUAGUAAACAAAAGUGAAAUAAACAAUAAAUAUUAACAGUAAACAUUACACUCAGAAGAUCCAAAAGAAUUAAGACAUUUCAAAUAUCAUAUUAUGUCUAUACACAGUGUCGUAACAAUGUGCAAAUAGUUAAAGUACAAAUGGGAAAAUAAAUCUCUCUCUCUCCCUCUCUAUCUCCAUCCCUCCCUCCCCCAGGGUGAUUCUGGAGGUCCUCUGAAUUGUAAGGGUGCUGAUGGUAAAUGGUACGUCCAUGGAAUCGCCAGCUUCGUGUCGUCUCGUGGAUGCAACACCCUGAAGAAACCCACUGUCUUCACCCGCACCUCCUCCUUCAGCGACUGGAUCACCAAUGUUAGUCUCUCACCUUUCUCCUUAAUCUAUCAUGCCCACUUGGCAAUUUUCCAAUGACCAUCCUACCACAUUACCAUACAAAUGGAAUGCUAGUGUGGAUAAUAGAAUGUAGCCAAUGUGUGCCACACCUGCAGGAUCAACUAGGUUAGUUUGUUGUACAUUGUUUUCAAAGUCUUGUUCUGGAGAACUCAACGUUCUCUCUCCCUUUUCUUUCAGACUAUAGCGGUCUACUGAAGACCUGGACUGGAGUUGGCUGAAGAUCAGGUUGAAUAAAGGAUCAUGUGUCAAUAAACCCAUCUAAUGCAGAUCACGUUUUCACUGUGUAUUCUUUCUCUUCAUGUAAGGUUCCCAAUGUUUCAAGUUUCAAGUUUUAAUGUCACAUGCUCAAGUACAGUGAAAUGCCUUUCUUGCAAGCGCUAACCCCAACAAUGCAGUAAUCAAUAACAAUGUAAUAAUAAAAAUAACAAGGUAGAACAAAAACACAUGAGAUAUAAAAAUAAGAAGAACACGAUAAAGUAAGUAAGCAUACUAUAUACAGGGUCAGUUCCAGUACCAUAUUUACAAUGUGCAGAGAUACUGGAAUGAUACAGGUAGAUAUGUGUAGGGGUAAGGUGACUAGGCAUCAGGAUAUAUGAUAAACAGAGUAGCAGCAUUGUAUAUUAUGAUUGUAUGUGAGUGGGUGUAUGUAGAGUCAGGAUAAAUGUAUGUGCAUGGAGCAAAUUAUGUGUGUGAGCAAAUGAUGGAAUGAUCAGUGUGUAGGACCCUGUGCGUGUGCAUAGAGAAAGUGCAAAAAUACAAAUAAAAUACAAAGGUCAACUCAGCUAGUCCGUGUGGCCAUUUUGUUAGCUAUUUAGUUAGCUAUUUAGCGGUCCUAUGGCAUGGGGAUUGAAGCUGUUCAGGAACCUGUUGGUUCAGACUUGACGCACCAGUACCGCUUGCCGUGCGGAAGCAGAGAGAUCAGUCUACGGCUUGGGUGGUUUAAUUCUUUAACGAUUUUCCGGUCCUUCCUUUCACACCACCUGAUAUAUGGUUACCCCUUUCUCUAUAUCAUUUUCUCUAUUACAGCAAGUACUAAAUAAUGGCACCGGAGGGGAUGGCUGCUGCUUUACAGGCUCCUAACCAACUGUGCUAUUUUGUUUGUUUUAUCGCGUUGUUUAUAACUUAUUUUGUACGUAAUGUUGCUGCCACCAUCUCUUAUGACCGAAAAGAGCUUCUGGAUAUCAGAACAGCAAUUACUCACUUUGAACUGGACAAAGAUCUUUUCUUUAAUGAGUCCGACACGAAGGAUAUACUGCUUUCCCGAGACCAGGCCCAAAUCCCGUCAUUCGCGUGAAGAAAAUAUGGAAAUACAGCUGUAGACCACACUGUCUACCAAGAGAGUUUUAAUCUAUAUUAUUCGUAGCCGUCUAUUUACCACCACAGACCGAUGCUGGCACUAAGACCACACUCAAUGAGUUGUAUAAGGCCAUAAGCAAACAAGAAAAUGCUGAUCCAGAAGCGACGCUCCUAGUGGCCGGGGACUUUAACGCAGGCAAACUUAAAUCCGUUUUACCUAAUUUCUACCAACAUGUCACAUGUGCAACCAGAGGGAAAAAAACUCUAGACCACCUUUACUCCACACACAGAGACGCAUACAAAGCUCUCCCUCGCCCUCCAUUUGGCAAAUCUGACCAUAAUUCUAUCCUCCUGAUUCCUGCUUACAAGCAAAAACUAAAGCAGGAAGUACCAGUGACUAGCUCAAUACAGAAGUGGUCAGAUGACGUGGAUGCUAUGCUACAGGACUGUUUUGCUAGCACAGACUGGAUUCAUCCAUUGGCAUUGAGGAGUAUACCACCUCAGUCACCGGCUUCAUCAAUAAGUGCAUUGAUGAAGUCAUCCCCACAGUGACCGUGCGUACAUAUCCCAACCAGAAGCCAUGGACUACAGGCAACAUCCACACUGAGCUAAAGGCUAGAGCUGCCGCUUUCAAGGAGCGUGACACUAAUCCGGACGCUUAUAAGAAAUCCCACUAUGCCCUCAGAUGAACCAUCAAACAAGCAAAGCGUCAAUACAGGACUAAGAUUCUCUGACGCUCGUCGGAUGUGGCAGGGCUUGCAAACUAUUACGGACUACAUAGGGAAACCCAGCCGCGAGCUGCUCAGUGACGCGAGCCUACCAGACGAGCUAAAUGCCUUUUAUGCUCGCUUCGAGGCAAGCAACACUGAAGCUGAUGGGGAUUUUUUAGUGGACUAUGAGAUAAAACGAAGUUAAUCACGAAUAUAUAGUUAGAAUUCUCUGUUGCUAGGCAAUAACUUCAUUGGUUCAUUUCACUGUGUGUGUGUGUGUGAAGUGGGGUUCUGACUCUUACCUAAUCCAUGGCUGUCCUGCCUUAUCAGAGACUGAAACCAGACUGUGGCCUUUUGCCUCUCUCCUCAAACAAAGUGGAAAGAGCGGCGCCAGAGUUGAACAGAGUUUAGACUAAUCAUGAGUAAUUACAGCAUGACAGGAGGGAAGAGAGGAGUGGGUUUUGUGUAUGUUUGAAAGAUUAAGUGUGGACCUGUCAUGUCCAACAAUCAAUCUUUAGGUCAAGCCAGGGAGAGUUUAAAACUGAACAUGAUUAUUUGUGAAUGACAAGGGCUUGAUUGAUUGUAAUAAUAUUGUUUCUAAAUUGAAGAGAAGUCAAAUUUAGCCGCUAUCAUAGACUAAGGAAGUGGGUGGAGCAGUAGAGAGUGGGAAACUGAAGAUAAUGGUGGGGGAACCCCAGAGCGAGGGGCUCUAAACUAGGAUGUGUGUGAAUAUGACUAUAUAAACAGAGAGUGGAGAAAGAGAGGGGAGGUGCUCUGCAGAUCACGUUACUUUGUGUAAUAAAGUCUAUCUUGAUUCUACAAAAACUCUGGAAGUACUUGAUUUUUAAUAAAUUAUAGUGAUCAUUUUCCACAUCAAAGCAUGCAUGAGAGCACCAGCUGUUCCGGACGGCUGUGUGAUCACGCACUUCGUAGCCUUUGUGAGCAAGACCUUUAAGCAGGUCAACAUUCACUAGGCCGUAGGGCCAGACAGAUUACCAGGACGUGUACUCAGAGCAUGAGCGGACCAACUGGCAAGUGUCUUCACUGACAUUUUCAACCUCUCCCUGACCCGAGUCUGUAAUGCCUACAUGUUUCAAGCAGACCACCAUAGUCCCUGUGCCCAAGAAAGCGAAGGUAACCUGCCUAAAUUACUACCCCCCCAUAGCACUCACGUCAGUAGCCAUGAAGUGCUAUGAAAGGAUGGUCAUGACUCACAUCAACACCAUCAUCCCGGAAACCCUAGACCCACUCCCAUUCGCAUACCGCCCCAACAGAUCCACAGAUUUUGCAAUCGCAAUCGCCCUCCACACUUCCCUUUCCCACCUGGACAAAAGGAACACCUAUGUGAGAAUGCUGUUAUUUAACUACAGCUCAGCGUUCAACACCAUAGUGCCCACGAAGCUCAUCACUAAGUUAAGGACCCUGGGACUAAACACCUCCCUCUGCAACUGGAUCCUUCCUGACGGGCCGCCCCCAGGUGGUAAGGGUAGGCAAUAACACAUCUGCCACACUGAUCCUCAACAAUACCUCAGGGGUGCGUGCUUAGUCCCCUCUUGUACUCCCUGUUCACUCCUGACUGCGUGGCCAAGCACGACUCCAACAACAUCAUAAAGUUUGCUGAUGACACAACGGUGGUAGGCCUGAUCACCGACAACGAUGAGACAGCCUAUAGGGAGGAGGUCAGAGACCUGGCAGUGUGGUUCUAGGAAAACAUCCUCUCCCUCAAUGUGAGCAAGACAAAGGUGAGAGCUGAACGUGGACUACAGGAAAAGGAGGGCCGAACAGGACCCCAUUAACAUUAACGGGGCUGUAGUGGAGCGGUUCUAGAGUUUCAAGAUCCUUGGUGUCCACAUCACCAACAAACUAUAAUGGUCCAAACACACCAAGACAGUCGUGAAGAGGGUACGACAACACCUUUUCCCCCUCAGGAGACUGAAAAGAUUUGGCAUGGGUCCCCAGAUCCUCAAAAAGUUCUACAGCUGCACCAUUGAGAGCAUUCUGACAGGUUGCAUCACCGCCUGGUAUGGCAACUUCUCGGCAUCCGACCGUAAGCCACUACAGAGGUUAGUGCAGACAGCCCAGUACAUCACUGGGGCCAAGCUUCCUGCCAUCCAGGACCUACACUACCGGUCAAUAGUUUUAGAACAGUUAUUCAUUUAAGGUUUUUCUUUAUUUUUACUAUUUUCUACAUUGCAGAACAAUAGUGAAGACAUCAAAACUGUGAAAUAACACAUAUGCCUCCCAGUGUGUGUGUGUGUGUGUGUGUGUGUGUGUGUAGUGGCGGCAGGUAGGCUAGUGUUUAAGAUUAGCUGGUUCCAAUCCCUGAGCCGACUACGUAAAAAAUCUGUCGAUAUGCCUUUGAGCAAGGCAUUUAACCCUACCUAAUUGCUCCUGUAAGUCGCUCUGGAUAACAACGUCUGCUAAAUGACUAAAAUGUAAAUGUGUGUCUGCCUCACUUAAGGCCGUCCUAAUACAUUGACCAUGUUAUUACCGUAUGUUCUCCCCUGUAGCUGCCGGUCCCCUUGCCAAAAAGCUGCAGCAGGCCCUGCUGCCCGUGGUGGCCCAUGAGACCUGCAGCCAGAGUGACUGGUGGGGAGGCUCUGUCAAGCCUUCCAUGAUCUGUGGUGGUGGAGACAGAAAGGCUGGCUGCAAUGUGAGUGUCAUCCCCUACUGUAGCUACCUAUCACAUAAUAUAUUACAACAAUGUAGCAUUGUUUAUUGUCCCCAGUAAAGGAGCUCCACCAUGGUGAUAACCAGUAUUCUUUAUCUUUCUGUCCAUCAUCUCUCCCUCUCUAUCUCUCUCUUCCCCUCUCCCUACCCCUUUAUCUACUCCGCCUCCUCUCUCUCUCUCUCUCUCUCUCUCCCUCUCUCAAUUCAAUUUCAAUUCAAUGUAAGGGCUUUAUUGGCAUGGGAAACGUAUGUUAACAUUGCCAAAGCAAGUGAAGUAGAUAGUAAACAAAAGUGAAAUAAACAAUAAAUAUUAACAGUAAACAUUACACUCAGAAGUUCCAAAAGAAUAAAGACAUUUCAAAUAUCAUAUUAUGUCUAUACACAGUGUCGUAACAAUGUGCAAAUAGUUAAAGUACAAAUGGGAAAAUAAAUCUCUCUCUCUCCCUCUCUAUCUCCAUCCCUCCCUCCCCCAGGGUGAUUCUGGAGGUCCUCUGAAUUGUAAGGGUGCUGAUGGUAAAUGGUACGUCCAUGGAAUCGCCAGCUUCGUGUCGUCUCGUGGAUGCAACACCCUGAAGAAACCCACUGUCUUCACCCGCACCUCCUCCUUCAGCGACUGGAUCACCAAUGUUAGUCUCUCACCUUUCUCCUUAAUCUAUCAUGCCCACUUGGCAAUUUUCCAAUGACCAUCCUACCACAUUACCAUACAAAUGGAAUGCUAGUGUGGAUAAUAGAAUGUAGCCAAUGUGUGCCACACCUGCAGGAUCAACUAGGUUAGUUUGUUGUACAUUGUUUUCAAAGUCUUGUUCUGGAGAACUCAACGUUCUCUCUCCCUUUUCUUUCAGACUAUAGCGGUCUACUGA